UAGACUAGUGAUUUUUACCACAAUGACUAAAAGACUGUCUGCUCUGGUUCUUCUUACUAUAGUUUCUGUCACUCAAACUAACGAAGAUCCUCCUCAGAUCCCUUUCAAAGUGGUUGACAUUGGCGGGAAUGUUACUUUGCAUUGUCCAGUUUCAAAUACGGGAGGCAAAUUCUUCCACUGGUACAAGCAGCCACUUGGACAUAUGAUGCAGACUGUCGCUUCAGCAAGUAUAGCUGGGCUAAAAUUGACUGAACAAUUUAAGAACAAUCGCUUUAACCUAGCCGAGGGAGCAUCUCAGUACUCUCUUACCAUCAAAAACAUCAGUAAGGAGGAUGAAGCGGCAUAUUUAUGUCAAAACGGGACUGCUUAUUUUCAAAGUUUUGCUGCUGGUAUCUACUUGGCCGUGAACGAUUGUAACAGAGAAACAGUGACUCGUGUCAAACAAACUCCAGAGACAGCAUCAGUCCAGGAGGGUGACAUGGUUACUCUCCACUGUUCUCUUCUCUCCAAGACUCCUGUGGUCUCCAGUCAAUGUUCAGCUAAAUACGAUGUGCACUGGUUCAGAGUGGGAUCAGGAGAAUCCCAUCUAAGCUUCAUUUACACUCACAAGAACAGCAGUGACACUCACAAAAGCAGCUGUGUCCACCGACUGUCCAAAACUAUUCGGACCUCCUCAGAUACUGGGAUAUACUACUGCGCUGUGGUCACGUGUGGAGAGAUCUUGUUUGGAGAAGGGACUAAAGUAGAGACAAGAGCACAUGAGAAACCUGUUCUCAUUGUACUUGGUUUGCUGCUGGGUCUAUGCUUGAUUGUGAUUGCAGUUCUUAUAUUCUCUAGAGAUUGAAGGGUGAAAAUGGGACCUUGCUGACCGUGCAACUAAGUGUCUCUAUGCUGCAAGAGUAAAGAAAAUUAACAUUAUUGUGUGACAGUCAAAAAUGAGUACAAACUAGAAUUGUAAGCAUAAGUAUGAAAAAAGGCAGCAAAUAUGUUUCUUGUAAACUUUCUGGUGUUCAGUGCUUAUUUUGCUUUGCAAAAGAGACGAGAUAUUGUCUGCUUAAAAUGUUACGUUAUGUUGUUGUUGCUGUGUACCUGCUGUGGCCACGGUAAUCAUGUAUUGCA